AUGAAAACCUCUGAUCCUUCGGACGAGGAGAUUCCAACGCCAUCAUCUUCACGGUUAUUGAUCAAUGUGAGUUGGGAUCGCACUGUUCCUGUACGAAAACAUUCCAAAAUUAUUCAAGAGGAUGAAAAAGAAAUUUUAGUAAAUAGUUCGAUAUUUCCUGAUGACGUUAUUUUGCAAAUAUUUAAAUUUCUACGAUCUGAGACGAUUAUUGGAGUGUGCAUGAGAAUUUCAAAACAAUUUUAUGCCAAAGCUAUAGAGAUUCCAUUGAAGUUCAAUUUUUAUGGAAAGAAGAUGAACCGUGACAAUUUAAAAUUGCUUCUAUCGAGUGUACAUUUGGCAAAUUUGACAUCACUUUGUUUGGAAAAUAAUAAUAUUGGAAAAGAAGGAGUCAAAUGUUUCAUGAAUGCACAAUAUUUAAAAAAUCUUAAAACGUUAAAUUUGAAAGGAAAUAAUAUUGGAAUUGGUGUAAAAUCUCUUGCUUCAAACAUAUUCAUGAAGCAGCUGACGAAGCUGAAUUUAAAUAACAACCAUAUGGAUAAUGAGGCUGCAAGAGCGAUAGCAACUAGUGAAUUUUUAAAGGAAUUAAAAGUGUUGAAAUUGUGUCGCAACAACAUUUCGAACAAAGGCAUUCAAUAUAUAGCGCAUAGUGAAUACUUGCAUAACCUUACUAUCCUAAAGUUGCAUUAUAAUCCAAUAACAAACUCAACAGCAUGUUUGAGAUCUGGAUUUACUCAUCAUUUGACAGUGUUGGAUGUUGGAUCUUGCAACAUUGGUUCUAACGACGCAAAAGCACUAAGUUUAAAUGAAUCUUUAAUUAACUUAACAGAGCUUUAUAUUAAUAACAAUUCGUUGAAUGAACAGUGUUUAUUUGAGUAG